AUGGGACGAGCAGGCCUGGAAGAGACACAACCUCAUGCGCCCCUCGUGCGCAUAGCCGCCAAAGCCCUAGCGGACAAGGAGAUUCCUAUCGUCGAGUACGGCCAGCAGAUACAGUGGCGCCAUGGAGACCCUGUGGGCCUUCUACUUGUCGAAUGGGCAGUCCCUGAUGCACUGCUGUCCGUCGCAUCGCAGAUUUUAUCAGACUGUGGAUUCCCACGGGGCCCCUCAGACAUACGCUUCACCGACAGAUACAAAAAAUGGGAGCAAGCUGCCAUGAUUCACCCGCUAUUUGGGAGCCCAGUAUACAUCUACCCGUUGUCGUUUGUCGGACUUGCGCUCGAGGACACGGUCGAAGUCCCAGCUGCCUUUGAUCACACGUUGAGGAUUUUGACGCCCAAACCUCGCGUGUAUAUGCAGUCAUUGAUCUGUCAUCUCCUGAGUCACCCGGUUCGUGAUAAAUUCCGAGAUCGAGUGGAAGGUGAUCUACUGUCUUUUAUAUCCUUUCAUAUUCUGGGUGAAGAGCCGCUAGAUACCAAGCAUGGUGACUGGGAAGAUAAGGAGAGCGAGGAACAUUUCAAGAAGAGACUUGGAGAGGCUGUGAGGGAGAUGAAAACUUGGGGUUGGGAUGCUGAUGAGGAUGAAGUCAGCUUUUUCCUGUUUCCCUUCUCCCUUCUUCUCGCAGUCUUCUCUAUUUCCUUCAUCUCACCUCCUACCCCCUCCUACUGCCUGUGGGCGUACAAGUCUCCAGCUGUCUCGGCAGAUCUGAUGUUUCUCUUUCGCCUCUUCACCACACCCUCAAACACCACCCAGAUGCAGAGCACACAGACUCCUCCAGAGAAGCCAGGCGCCAUCCCCGUCACCGAAAAUGGCAAUCGAACCAUCACCGUAAACGAGUACGAGACGAUCUGGGGCGUCGGCAGCAAAAAAGAGCGUCUCCUAAAGCAAAGCGAAACAUUUGAUGUCGACUCCAAGAUCCUCAUCGAAAACAGCUCAUACUUCAGCUCGAUGUUCCGAGGCCGGUGGCGCGAGAACUCUACCCCGAUCGUCCUGGAAGACACCAGACCCCGGAGCAUGGAGAUCUGGCUGCGCGCCUUCCACGGGUCUCUGGACGGGCUGCCUCUCGAAUCCGUCACCAUAGAAGAAACCUGGCAUCUCGUCGCGACAGCGGACAAGUACUGCUUCUCUUUGGAGGAGCUCUCCACCUGGUUCAGGCAGUGGUUCGAUCUCCAGCAGAAAAAGGACGAGCGCGGCGAGUACGACGACCUCGACGACAACGAAUUCGAGAAGCGCCUGCUCUACCCCUGUUUCAAGUUCGACUGCGCUGCCGGGUUCCAGACCAUCACCAAACAACUAGUCUACGAUGUGGACGGCCACAUCGAGGAAAGAAACCCCACCCGUGUGCUCCAGAUGCAUCUCCCCUCCCGCGUCAUUCAGCAGCUCAACGUAGCCCGCGGACGCCUCCGCGCCAUCCUCCACCGCGACCUGUUCGAGCAAAUCAAGCUUAUCGUGGAUUAUGACUCAUGUGCCUGCAAGGCGUUGACGGUGUACCACUACGAGCACGAGCUGCGUCGGAUCGGGAUCUGGCCGCUGGAGGAGACAGCGUGGAAGCUGAGUAUCAAUACACUGCUGGAGCGGCUCGGCCGGUUCGAUGAAGAGAGGAUGCGGAAGCGGAUCGCUGAGGGUCUGGGAGAGAAGCGGCUGUGUCGGCUGUGUAAUCAGUCUUUGGGGCAGGUGGUGAAAAAGGCGGCUGAUGUUGUGAGGAAGUACUUCGAUGGGCUGUGCCUCGAUUGUAUGGACACUAGUAAGAGCAUGACCGGGUUGAAGGAGUACCAUGACGACUACUGGCGGCACAACGAAGUCCGCGACAGAUAUGACUCUCUUUGUCGCAUCCGUCAUGGGGAGCCGACUUGGUACUUUUCGUUCAUGGGACGGCGCGAGAGGAGCAGUCUGGCGGGUUAA